UAUAUUUUGGAAAUGUACAUCCAGGUUUUUUUUUCUCCUUUAAUUUUUUUUUGGGGGGGCACAAGAGACGGGGCCCCUAAGCUAUAGCUUGUUUAGCUUAUACGUAAAUCCGGUACUGGUAUAAAUGAGAUUAUUAUUAUUAUUAUUAUUAUUAGUUAUUAUUCCACCCACCCAGCCACCCAUCGCUUUACUCUCUGGAGUCGAGAGGCUGCAGCAGCAGCACUUACGUCGUUGGGUUAUUAUGAGGCAGGACAAAAGUAGCCACAAAGAGGUGGGGUUUUUGUGUGUAAUUUAAUACGGACUAAUAGCAGCCAGGCCCGUGGGGGCUGCUUCCCUUCCCCCGAGGGGAAGCAUCCCCAUCCCACCCGGCGCUGGAAGGGGAGGCAGCGAAGCAGAGGGCGCCUCGACCUCCCUCCGCCUGAGCCGUCCCCCGUCGGAGGCAGGAGCGGCGGUCGCUAGACCUGCCCGGGCUCCUCCCUCCUCGCGCGCCCAAGCGGCGUCUCCUCCUCCGCCCGGGGCCCGCGCAGUCCCGCCGCUCGUUACUCACAUGGUGCCCGCUCGCGUGUCCAUCUACCUAUCUACUUGUAUCUAUCGACAUCUGCGGACGCACGCAGGUCCAGAGAGCCCAUGCCUCGGUGUUAACUGAGCAUGCCCGGCUGCCUUCGAGCAUGCUCAGAGCCGCCGAGCGAAGCCGCCGCCCGAGCCCUCACCCCGCGGAGCGCGUAGGGACGCCAGCCCAAGCGGCCGACCAGCCAAUCAGCGCGCCCGUUUCCUGUUUCAUCCUCCUCACAACAUCCCUGUGAGGUAGGCUAGAGAAAGGUGUUCAGUUGCAUUCAAGCAGGUGAGGAAGAAUCUGGGCUGGUUUAAAAAUAAAAAUAAAAAGUAAUGGGGGGGGGGAAACCACUGAUAUUUUAUUUUUUAUUUGUUCGUUAAAGAAACAUAUGCACUGCUAACAACAACAACCACCACCCUCGAGGCAAUUCACGGAAAAGGGAAAAAGAUUUAACAAUAAUUUAAAACAUCCAGAAAAAUAAAAACAACAAACCCAAAACAAAUUAAAACACACAGCAACAGUCUAAAUUUCUGGGUAGGCGUCUCUAUAAAAAAGAAUGUUAUUAGCAGGUGGUUCUGGGAGGUUUGCUGGUUCCUAAAUUUUAAUUCCAGGUCUAAACUAUUGGAGGAGAAAAUUCUAGUCCUUUAUCAAUCUGGCUGUACUGUGCAGUAUAUGAUAUAUAAUGCAGCUUUAACAAAAUGGGCUUGGGCGCCCCCCGGAGGGCAAAAACAAAGCGUUUGAAAAUCGUGGGGAACGGAGUAAGAAACCUUUAAGGCAAACAUCAGCGACUCUACGAGGCGGAGAUCGGGAUCUCUUGCAAGCUCUUGCAGUACCAGCCAUACGCAUCCGGCUUCCCACUGGCAUCCCCCACAACUCCUCGUCUCCUCCCCACACAUUAAUGGUAGCAUUCCACAAUGCCAUGUGCAAGCAGCCCCCGCCCCUUCAAUCCCGCUGCCCUCCAUGACCAUUUGCUGCAUUCCUUCCAACUGCAAAAGUUUGCAAGCUUCUCCUGAACGCUCUUUCAGGGACUGAUCCAGGGGCGGCUGCCGCUGCUGUUUUGCAAGCACCCGUCCCUUUUUUGCAGCUCUGCAAAUUUCUAACGAAACCAGCAGGGGGAGAACAGCGGCGCAACUGCAAGCAGUUCUCCAAGGUCAACAUUCGCGCUGUUUGAAAUAUAUGUUUACGCUGACAUGGCUUUGCUUGCUCCCGACCACAGAAAGAAAAGCAAGAGAUCCAGGGGCUUGGAGAGAGUGGGGGGGGGCAGGACCCAGUAGCUUUCCUUUAGAGGAACAAUGCGCUCCAGAGAGAAGCCUCCCCAGAUUCCGCUAGGCGCUCGGAUGGAUUCCCACCGCUUGCAGCGCACAAAGCCGAACGAGGCGAGCAAAGGGGUGUGCGGGAAGCCGCCGCGGCCGGGAAUCCUUCCUUUUCCUGUCUGCAAAGGCAGGGUGGAUCCAUUGCUUGCAGCAGCAGCCGCCUCCGCCUCCCCGCUUGGCCUAUUGGCUCGCUGGCGCAGCUGCUUCCACCUCUCCCUGGAAGGAGCCACUCGGUGGGUUGGGGGCCGUGACGCCUCGAGGCGGGAUUGGCCAUGCCAAGUGUCCGAAAGAGAUCCUUGCAAGUCCCGGCCAAAGCUCCGCCCACGACGUUACUACUGACUAACAACUGUUCAUGUGAACACUCGCUGGUGCAAAAGGUUCCAUCUUGGCUUUCUUCUGGUGCCUUCCUGUUCCAUGCAAGCUGUGGACUCUUUCCCUCCAGCUGUGGCUUGCUGGGUCUCCUGAGGGAAGUUUGGCACUUCUCAGGUAGUGGGGGCACCUGGAGCUGCCUGGAGUCCAGUGCUGAUAAUCCUGGGCUGGCUAGGCCAAAGCAGGCAUGCCACACACCCCGCGCCAGCGCUUGCAGCCCCGCGCCCCGGUUUGGUCAGAGAUGGAGACGCGGAACUUCCUUGCCCUCUGGGGCGAGCUGCUGAUUCUCAGGUGGAUCGAAAACCGGCCCCCCAACAGUGACAUCUAUGAGGACCUCUCAGCCCAGAUGAUUGCCAGGGGUCAUGAGCGCAACGCCUCGCAGUGUCGGAACCGGGCCCGGGACCUGAAGCGCAGCUACCGGAGAGCCAAGGACGCGCAGGUGUGCGCCGGCGCCGAGCCGGUUUCCUGCCGCUACUUCCGAGAGCUGGACCGGAUGUUUGGCGGAGAAAUGGACGGCGUGGCGAACCGGAGCCUGCCCAGCAUGGACGGGUCUGCCCGGGUGGUGGUGAAGACGGAAGAGGCGGAAGACAUGGAGGCGCAGGUCUCCGAAGAGGAGGGCAACCAGAUGACGCCGCCAAACACGCUCUCGAGCAUGGACGCCGACACGGACACCGAAACGGAACCGAACCUCGGGGUCUCGCGAGAGCUGGUGGCCGGCGACCCGGAUGUGAUUGAAACCAAAAUAGGGGAGGAGUGCCCCAGUGACAAAUCUCUGCCUUUAUACGGGCAACCGGUGGCUGGCCCCAGCGAAGAUGGGCACCAUUCUGUGGCUGGUGAGCAAAUGUUGUGUUGCUGCGGUGGCCUUUCUGUGGGUGCUCUCGGCUGUUUGGCCGGCGAGGUGUCAACCAGCUGUGGGAACCGACAAGAACAAUUCUGGGCUCUUGUGGGGUAGGGUGGCAUGACCUGAAUUCCCCCUGUUUAGAGAUCCGAAUUAGAUGUGCCUCGCCAGAGAGGAACUGACGUGAAAUUUAGUCUCGGAAGCGGAGCCUGCGUAAGGUUGGAUGCUAUGCAAACCGUCCCGGUUAGCCGGGAAUGCCAUAUGGUGCUGUGUGUCUAGGUCUGGCCAAUUUUGGUCAGAAUGUGAGAGGGAGGGGGCCUGGGAAGCUCUGAAAGAGCCUGGGAGGAGGUUGCUUAGAUUUUCAUCCCUGCAGCCAAUCGGCAUUCAUUCCGGGCAAGGGCAGCUCCACCCUGGCAAAUUGAUUGGAUGGUGGGAUAAGCUGGCAAGCAGGCAGGAAAAAGGAAGCAAGGGGUAUAGGAAGGACAGAAAAUGGAGGCGGGAGGGAAAGUGUCUGUGGGGCGGGUUUGGCUGGCUGAGAGGGUGGGGAAAGGCUCUCAGAAAGGGAGAAGCUCAGUGGGCUUGAUUCCACAGGUGAUAUGAUAUCAGCUAUGCUACCAAUGACAGUGAUUAUUGGCAGCAGAUGUAUUAUGACGCUUGGUUGCAUUAUAAACCCUUCCAAACAAAAUUGCCCUUGUGGCUUAGAUAUGAUUUUAUUGAGAGCAUUUGCAACCUUCCCUUCACCUCGGUGGAUCCCAGGACAGGGUACGAGAUGCAGAUUCCAUAAGAUCACAUUCGAAACAGCUGUAAAUUGGAAGCGCAAACCAUAGAGCAGGCUCCCUAGCACAGCCCUGAAUCACUGAAAAUGCCUGGGCAAACAGUGUUUCAGCACCAGGUGUACCACUACAAAGACAGCCUUUUCUCGUGUUGCCACAUAAUGCACACCCACCAGUGGCACAUGGCAGCAUACAACUAGGGUUAUUCGUUUUAUUAUUUUCGUAUUUUUAUAUCCCAUAUAAAAGCGCAUAUGUGGUUCAUACUGCUCUGUGGGACAUUGUCAGUCUGGGCCCUGGCAUCCAGGAACAAGGGAAUGGAAUGGGGCCUCCUCCUGACAAUGUUAAAGAUCAGCACAAGAAACUUGCUCUUUAUUGAAUGUUUAUCCCAUUCUUCCUCCAAGUAGUUCAGUACAUGGCUCUCUCCUACACACCAUGUCAUCCUUAGAACAGGCAUGUGAUGGAUGCAGCUUAGGAUGAGAGGCAGUGACUUGCCCAAGGCCACCCAGCGAGCUUUGUGACUGAGGAGAACUUGAACCCAGGUCUCUUUGGCUCUAGUGAGGCCCUCGAUAACACAGGGGUGGGGGAUGUGUUUUGGCCCAGCGGGCCAGUUUUUCUGCCCAACCUGCAGGCCAAACCACCUGCCAGUCAUCUUAUAACCCCUGCACCCACCCCCAGUGCUAGCGUGCUCUACCUUUGCAAAGCUUCAGGCUUCUGUAAAUCCCUGCUCCCCUGAUUAACCCAAAGGGAAAGAGGGAAUCUGGAGUCUCGGCCACCUGCUAUUCUCUGUCCUUUGCAGCUGUGCCAGCCGGGGCUGAGCGAUUGGUUAAAAAAAACCUUUGCAGUUGACAGAGCUCAUCGGAGAUCAUAAUUUGCUUCCCCUCUCCCUUCAGGAAGAGGCAGGCGAGACAACUCCCUGGGGCGCCCCCUGACGACAGCAGAGAGGAUGGCGUCCAUGCGGGAGAGGAAGAGGCGGUCCCACGAAGAAAUGAUGCACGAGAUCAUGACCGACUACCGGCGGACCUGGGAGACUAUGGAGGCGCUUCACGAGAGGGGCGAGAUCAGCGCCGGGGAGUUCCGUGAGGCGAUGCUGAGGGAGAUGCUUCUGGACAGGGAGGCCCGGACACGCGAGGCCCAGCUAGACCGCGAGGCCAGGGCAAGGGAGGCCCAGCUGGAUCGAGAGGCGAGGGCCAGGGACAGCCAUCUGGAGAGGGAGAUUAGGAUUAAGGAGCUCAACAUGAUUGAGGCGGAGCUUCGGCGCACAAGGGAUAUCCUCCACCCCAUGGUUGACGCCGUGGUGUCCGUCGCGGAGGUCCUGCGUUCGACAAGCAGUAUACAACGGCAGCCUCGCCAGGCACAGCAAAGUGGAGGGAGUAACCUCUUGGAAUUGGAGGGUAGCAAAUAAUUAUCCCCCCUUUUGUGAGGGGUGGGCAUUAGUAUAUAUAGUUACCGUGCUGGGCAGAAAGGAGGGGGUAGUAAGGAGGGGGAAACUGUUGGAACCCUGGAAGCCAAGACCCACUUUUGGGGCAAGUACUCUCCAGUGGGAGAGCCUCAGCAGAGAUUUAACAUGUCAAAACACGCAGCAAAGAAAAGCCCUUUCAAAUGAAUUCCAAAAUGUCCCUUCUUAAUAGUCCUCUCCAAAGUAUCUCACUUCCCUAGCACAAAGAUCCACCAUACAUUUAGUAAAUUAUAAACUGGUUUACUUACAAAAUUCUUCAAAGGUCAGAUUCAUGUGCUUUUCCAUACAGCAAUUAAAAAAAGUUGCAACGGCAGUGUUGCUUGGUUACAAAAUGGCAAAAAGUUCCUAAGUAAUUUCUAUAUUAAAAAACACUAGUUUCAGACUCCAUCCUUGUCUGAAACAAAAGAGGCUGGUUAAAACCAUACACAGCUGAGCUGGAGCACCCAGCUCAGGCCUCCUCACACACGGGUGAGAGAAUGGCUCCGUCAGGAAGGUCUAAACACUAAAAACAAGUCGGUUUAUUCUAAUAAUUUAUUAUUUAUGCCCCACCCGUCUGUCUGGGUUUCCCCAGCCACUCUGGGCUGCUCCCAACAGAAUAUUAAAAACACGGUAAAACAUCAAACAUAAAAAACUUCCCUAAAUAGGGCUGCCUUCAGAUGUCUUCUACAAGACAGAUAGUGAGUGUAUUUCCUUGACAUCUGAUGGGAGGGUGUUCCACGGGGCAGGCGCCACUACCAAGAAGGCCCUCUGCCUGGUUCACUGGAACCUCGCUUCUUGCAAUGAGGGAACCGCCAGAAGGCGCUCGGAGCUGGACCUCAGUGUCCAGGCUGAGCGAUGGGGCUGGAGACGCUCCUUUAAAGAUCGGCACCAACACUUUGAAUUGCUCUCUGAAAUGUACUUUGGGAUGUUUCCUCUAGCUUGCUAGCAACAAGCUCAGCCAGAUUUUGCCUCCCUUCCACUACUCGCAUCUGUCCACAAGUUAGAGAAAUCAUGUAAUUCGGUGUGGGUUUUGUUUUUGUUUUUUUUAAAAAAUCCUAGAAAAAGUGUUAACUUGAUGCUCCAAAUCUUCACUUUUCCUAAAGCCGAGUUAAAGGCCAAGGGCCUUGUGGUAUCUAUGGGGAUCUCUCUUGGUUCUGUACCAAGAGCAAAUCACUGGAAUGCAAAAUACAUUGAGGUAUCCCCAAGCUGGACCUUUAUGUGUCUGUGUUAUUUGUCGCUUGUUCCUUUACCAAGAGAUGGGCAUGGACCAAGAGGGAAGAACUCUUGCCUUCCAGCCUUGAUUGUAUGCUUCCCAGAGGCAAAAGACACUGUUGCAGUAUUCCUUUUAUAGGGGCAGGGUCUAUCUCUCUCCCCCCAUCCGCCCCACAUGUGAACUGUGGCUUUCCUCAGACUAAUGAUGUUUGAAUGUGUGGGUUGGUGCGAUACUGUACAGCUGUGAGAAAUGGGGUGGUCUGAAAGCAGAGUUGUGCCAUUGCACCCUGAAGCUGCCAGAGCAGGGGUAGCUUUCCUGUGGCUGCCCAGAUGUUGUCGGACUCCCAAAUCUCAUCAGCCCCAGCAAGCAUAACCAGCGGUCAGAGACAAUGAGGUGUAGUUCGGCAACAUCUGGAGAGCUACAGGUGAUGUCCUUAAAAGCGCAUUUACAGUAGUACCUUGGUUCCCAAACUUAAUCCGUUCCGGAAGUCUGUUGAAAAACCAAAGCGUUCCAAAACCAAGGCGCGCUUUCCCAUAGAGAGUAAUGCAAGACGGAUUAAUCCGUUCCAGACUUUUAAAAACAACCCCUAGAACAGCAAAUUAACAUGAAUUUUACUAUCUAACGAGACCGCUGAUCCAUAAAAUGAAAGCAAUAAACAAUGUACUGCGGUCACACAAUCAAUCAGUAGCUGAACUGGGUUCCACACAGUCACAAAAACAAAACAAAAAAGAGCCGUGAAAACAAAAACGCAAAAUAAAUAGCAAAAACAGACAGACCUCAGCGUAACACUCGAAACAGAAGUGUGGCACUCAAAGCGGAAGCGUGGCACUCAAAACGGAGUAUGUUCGGCUUCUGAAAAAAGUUCGCAAACCAGAACACUUACUUCCUGGUUUGCAGUGUUUGGGUUCUAGGUUGUUUGAGUACCAAGGCAUUUGAGAACCAAGGUACCACUGUAUUCCCUUUGCACUCCUGCCACAAUAAAGUCCCAAUUAUUGCACAUAUUAUUAACUUGAAAUUGAAGCCCAUGAAGGAUUUGGAAGUAAUGGGUGGAUGGUGCCCUAAGAUUUCUAUCCAUCCCUUAAUGCUAUGGAGAUGGACUUGGCAGUGCACGGUAUUCAUGCCUCGAGAAAUCUCAAGAUGCCACAGGGGGGAUGAUGAGCAGCACUCCUUACAGGUGAGCUUGGGAGGCAGUCAGCAUAGAUUUUUGCUCCUCUCUGCGACUAGCUGAAACAGAAUCAGUGGUGCAUAAUAAUCAAUUAUAUAUUCCUGCAGGGAUAGCUCAGCCAUGAGACUCAAGUUCGGCAAAAGAGCCUUGUGGUCCCUUUCCAACUCUAGAAUUCUAUGAUUCUGGGUAUGUUUGCUUGAUUUAUAAAGGCAAAGGAAUGCCACUUUUCUUGGCCCAGGAUUGUUGAUUCUUACUUUUUUUAUUUUAGGCAAAGCUGUGUGCAUUCGGUCUCCCAAGUGGGGUGGAUAAAAGCAUGGGGUGCAGAGGGAGGAAGUGUUUAAAAGCAAGUGGCAGGCAGUCCACUUUCACGGUCUGUUUCAGGGCGUUAUUUCCAAGGGUGUGGGAAAUGUUUCACAUCUGUGGGAUCAGUCGCACAUGCAGCAUUUGGUACAAGAAGUCGGCAGUGCAAGAAUUUCAGCUUUAAAAUCAUCUUUAAAAAACAGCAACCCCGGUGUCUGGCUCUAAUGGUGGUUGCCUAGUUUAUGAGGGCUUGCUAGAAUUCUCCUUCAUUAAGGGGGCAUGGUUUUAAUGCUUUGGAGGGUGCCUUGGCCUUGAUGAUUUCCCCCUGCUCCUCCUCUGUGGUUUUCCAGUUCCACUUAACUCUUCCCCUCCAUUUAUAUAUGCCUUCUGAUUCACCCCCAAUUCAUUUCCUACCCAUUUUAAAUAAAUAAAUAAUCAAUCAACCAAUCAAUCAAUCAAUCAAUCAAAUCUACUUAAACUGUAUGAACUGGAUUCGGAUGGUAGAAUGUGAAUUUCUUACGGUGUGCGCAUUUGGAUUAUAUAUCCUUUCGCGCAUGUGCACGCAGAAUACUCACCGCCCACAAAUUUGCUCUAGAAAGGCAAACUCCCAAUGAUUGGCC